AUCCUUUGGCAAGAUGCUGCGUAUCGUGAUCGCGAUUUUGGGAUUCUACCUUUUGGGCCCGAUCCAGCUUACGGCUGCAGCUGAGAAUAAUAACUCUUCCUCGCUUUUUUCCACGAGAUUCACCCACGGUGAUGGCGAAUACGAGAUUUCUUCUGUCAGGCUUCCUUGGUUCAAAGCAAGAAAUCUGUGCAGGAGCUUAGGAAAGGAUUUAGUGAGCAUUGAAUCCUCUGCCGAAAACAUCGCCAUCUUGUCUGCAAUAAGCUCGUUCUCAACUGAGUCUUUUUGGUCGGCUGGAACCAGACUGUACUCAGAAGAUGUCAAUUAUUUCUAUUGGGACUCCACUGGAUUGAGUGUGGAUUCGUACACCAACUGGGCACCUGGUCAGCCUGACGACUCUCACGACUACGUUAGAAUUUGGCAUGAAUAUGACCACCAAUGGGAUGCCGCUCCUCAUUCUUACGAAUUGUUGUUCAUUUGUGAGUGGCAUCCUUGUGUGUAAAGUGUUUGAAUCAUAGAUGUGAGUGAGGUUCGCAAUGAUAAAUAAAGAUUUGACCGUGUCGUAAAAUAUACUGAA